UUUAUUUUCCUACCUCUCCCCCCGCUUUUUCUCCCAGCGCCUUUGCUAUCGAUUCGGUCCUUGUUUUAGAGCCCUACGAGGCGGAAAAGUGAUUGUGGGAAUUGGGCAUGCCCUAGGGAAGGGACUGCUACUAUUGCUGGAUGCUUUCCGCCAACUGUGCUGUACAGAUGUUGGAUGUUCUUCACAGCGGCUGGUCCCAGCGGGGCUAAUGAGCUAGGUCGCUCCCCCCACACACACACCCACCCACAAGCGCGCGCGCGCGCGCUCCUCCGCCUGCUUGCGGCGUCUCCGGUGCAACUUUUGUAGAACUCGCCACCGAGUUGGCUGCUGUCUACGCGCGCGCGGGCGCGCCGCCGAAGUUCAGCCGAGCCGCUUCCCGCAGCCCGGGAAACCGACCCGCCUCCGGAUUUGCACACUCAUACACACACACAUUUUUUUUUCCCUCAGGUUGGUGGCGUUCGACGGCGGCUGGGCUCAGCGGCCGUGUGAAGACCAGGGGGUGAGCCUGCGAGAGCAGCGGCAGCAGAAAUCUGGGGCUCCUGAUGGAGGAGGAGGAAGUAGUGGAGGUGGCAGCGGAGGUGGCAGCGUCAGCUGCAGUCGACAGCGAGUGGCAAGGGGUUGCUCAGAAGAGAAAGGCCUGGGCGAAAAGCAGAGACUCUUGGCAAGCGUCGGAAGCGGAGCGACUCUCGCCAGAUCUGACCCCGGAGCAGGAGAUCGCCGGUGGAAAGUUGUCUUUGGCUGCCGAAGGAGGCAGUAUCCCAAAUGAAAAGAUUGCAAUAUGGCUUAAAGACUGUAGAACACCACUGGGAGCCUCUUUAGAGGAGCAGAGCAACCCAACUUUAAAAGGCAUGCUGGUGAGAAAUGGAGGAAGUUUUGAAGAUGACUUAUCUCUGGGAGCUGAAGCUAAUCAACUGCAUCAAAGCAGCGAACCAAUGGAAAUUUGCAAUGGUAUGCUGGCAAAGGACAAGAGACUCCAGUUUCAUCAGAAGGGGAGGAGUAUGAAUUCUACUGGCUCGGCAAAAAGCAGCACAACCGUCUCAAGUGUGUCUGAACUACUAGAACUAUAUGAAGAAGAUCCUGAAGAGGUCCUGUACAAUCUUGGAUUUGGCCGUGAUGAACCAGACAUUGCUUCCAAAAUCCCAUCAAGGUUUUUUAAUUCAUCAUCCUUUGCCAGGGGGAUAGAUAUCAAGGUGUUUCUGAAUGCCCAAUUGCAACGCAUGGAAGUAGAAAAUCCCAAUUUUGCUUUGACAAGCCGCUUUCGUCAAAUUGAAGUGCUCACUACGGUGGCCAAUGCAUUCUCUUCCUUAUACUCCCAAGUUUCUGGCACUCCAUUGCAGAAAAUCGGGAGCAUGAAUUCGACCGCUUCCAGUAAGGAGGCCUCCAGCCCUCCUCCUCUAGUGCGAAGCAACACUGCAAAUCGUUUAAUGAAGACCUUAUCUAAACUCAAUCUUUGUGGGAACCCGCAGACAGGGGAAGGCGGCAGCUGCACAACAACCUUGCCAGCUGAGAAGGGGAAAUCUGAACAUGGGAAUGAUCAAGCUGAGGUGAAAAAUGAACCCAAAACUCCCAAACACUUUAAAGCAUCUCUUCUGGCUACAGUAAAAGAGGAGGUACCUAGCAAUCAUCCCAGUAAUGCGGAGGUUCUUCAUUCCUCUGAACUUUCAGCUGGCACGAAUGCUGAGCAGAGUGACGCUGUGCCUCACGGAGAUGAGCAAAAUAGUGACUCUCUUGCCUGUUCAGAGAGACUCCAUGAAAAGGCUGCUGUUACGAACACUUCCGAUCUCGAGGGCGAUAUGGCAGAAUUGACCAUCUGUGGGCUCGAAGGAAACACCAACCUGCAGACUCCUACUUCAGCGUCAGAUCCAGAGCCUUGCACUCGGCUGGCAAACCCAUCCAUUGUCAACCUCAUGCUGCAGCAGAAGGACUCCUUCGAGAUGGAGGAGAUUCAAAGCACAGAGGGAGAGAUUCCACAUGUUUUUAACACGGGCCAGUUGGCUUUGACCAAAACCAAAAAAGACCAGCUAUUGCGAUCAGCCAGUCAGCAUUCUGACAGCAGCGGCUUUGCAGAGGAUUCUUCUACAGAGUGCUUCUUGCUAAGUCAGAUGCAGGGACACGAAUCGUUGCAGGCCAUGGGAAGCAGUGCCGACAGCUGUGACAGCGAGAUGACAGUGACGUCUUACAGUGAAGAACUCAAGACGCCCGUCGCUGAACAACAGGCUUAUUUUAAUGAGCUUGAUGAAGAGAAAUUCCUUCUCUCAGAAAUGGAGCAGCAAGGGAGGGAUGUGCUUUAUGGGACUAAUGCAGGGGGAGGCCAGAGAAUUCCAGGAGGUGGAGCUGGGCAAACUCAAAGUGAAGAAGGUAAAGGACUUGGCAAAGGAGAGUUCGUUAGAAAACAUGAAGAGGCUGAGUCUGGAGCACUGGAGGAAGGCAGUGGAGAGAGUGAUGCAGACAAAAGCAGCGAAUGUGAAUUUCCACCAUACAAAACUCACCAUAUACUUAAGUCAGUGGCCUCUUUGGAAAGCACCAGUUCAUCUCCUUCCUCUGUAGAAAAGGUUGCGAUUGCGUUGCAGAGAGCCCAAACGAAGAUCAGUGGUUCAUCCGAUUCCAGAGCUGGCCGCCCUCUGCUCCGAUCCAAAGACCUUCUCAAGCAGAGACAUCAGACGGCCGACCUCAGGCGCUCACAGUCCCUCCCCACUGUACUGCUAAACCCAGUGAGAGUCGUCUCCUCCGUCAAUGUCCAGCUAACCCCAGGGAAGCAAACACUGUGCAGCCCUCCUUCAUUCACUUACAAGUUUGACACACCUAAGGAAGGUGGGAAGGAGGAAAGCGAAGAUGAGCCCCCCAUCGGUGAGGUCCAGGACAGUCCCCCCAGGUGCACCUCUACCCUUUUCAUUCGUCCUUCAUCCGUUCGGAAAGAGUCUUCCCAGCCUGCGGCAAACAAAGGGAUGGAAGAGCCAUGUUGCAGCAGAAUGCAGGGUUGCCCUUUGCACCUCCCCACACACAUGUCUCAGUCGACGUGUUCGCUGCACUCAAUCCCUUCUGAUUGCCUGGACUUCCCUUUCUGUGCACGCAUGAGAACAUUCAGUGCCCACAGUAUCCCGAGCACCCCUGGGUCGUCGUGCGGCGCCAUGCCUUCCUCUCUGGGCUGUCCUCACGCACUGAGGCAUGUUGGGCACCCCCACCAGCUCCACUCCACCAGCUCGCCCUCCACGGUGGAAAUGCAACUCAGGAGGGUCCUGCAUGAUAUCCGAAGCUCUUUACAAAACCUUUCACAGAAUGCAAUGCUGAGAGGUCAUGACUUCACUACACCCCCUUACAAUGCCCAGAGAUCAUCCAUUCUACCUCUCUAUGAAAAUACCUUCCAAGAUCUUCAGAUUGUGAGGAGGAAUCUAAACCUCUUUAGGACACAAAUGAUGGAUUUGGAACUGGCCAUGUUGCGGCAGCAAACCACAGUUUAUCAGCACAUGACAGAAGAAGAAAGAUAUGAAGCUGAUCAGCUCCAAACUCUGAGAAAAUCUGUCCGUAUGGAGCUUCAGGAACUAGAAAUGCAGCUGGAGGAACGGCUCCUCGGUCUUGAAGAACAGCUAAGGAGUAUGCAUGUAUCUUCCCCUUUCAGGCAGCAAACGCUGAUGGGCAUGUAUGGAAGCAGAAGUGCUGACAAUUUGUCGUGCCCUUCUCCACUGCACGUGAUGGAACCGGUCUCUGAACUUAUUCGAGAGCAAUCAUUUCUGAAAUCAGAGCUGGGUUUGGGACUGGGAGAACUUGAAAUGGUGACACCUCCAGCAGAAGGCUCCGAAUCCACAUUUGAUCCGGGUGGAAAUUCCGAUUCCUCUUCCGUGUGCUCUAGUCAAGCUAGUAGAAAAGCUGGUGCACGUUCAUUGGAAAAGGCGAGGAGGUCCAAGCCCCAGGGUGUCAAACUCUACCGGGCAUCUGUGGCAUUGAUGCCCUCGCCGCCAGCGAGAGCAGGAGCAGGGCAGCCAGCAGAAUGCUCCGAGGCACACGCCACAGGCAGAGCGGAGAUGGAAGAGAAACUUGAAAAAAUGCCUCCUGCACCAGCGGCUGAAGACAUGCACAGGAGCAUAGAGGAGGAGGAACUGCAGCAAGUCAUCCGAGAGAUCAAAGAAUCUAUUGUCGGUGAAAUCAGACGAGAAAUCGUAAGUGGACUGUUAGCAGCUGUCUCUUCCCCUAGCAGAUCUGCCAACUCUAAGCAAGAGAUGCAGCCGUGAAUUGGCACUGCAGGGUCCAAGGACAUGGUGGAAUUCUCCUUGUGGAUCAUGUGGAUGGAAGUAUCUGUAGAGAGCAAAAGUGACAGCUCCUGUACGCAGCCCUUUGUGCUGUGCUGCAUUCACACUCCAGUUCCCGGUGUCGCGAACUGGACAAGCCCCAUCUUCCUGCAGCCAGCGCAAGACGGGGAACACUCAGAUUAUCUUGCAAGUCUUCGUAUUUAUUUGUUAUGUUCCUGCUGUUUCUUUGUGCAUAGUUUUAUUUCUGUGUAGAGGUGUGCCUCCUAAGACUUGAAAACUCCUAGACCCACCCCGUGUAUAAAUAGUCCAGAUUGUUAUUUUUCAACAACAGCAACAAGAAACACCACUGACCUCUAUGAGGUAUUUUUUAACUGUGCAAUAACUGAUUCACUCUGAGAGCUUGAAGUAACCAUUUCCACUGCUGUUAUGGAAUGCCAUUUCCAAAGAAGAGAAUAACCUAUUGUAAAAAUGGUUAGCUCUUGGAGAGGCUGUUUUUUGCCAAGUGUUUAGAGAAUUACAUGAACUUGCGUAGAACUACUAAAGAUGCUUACACUGAAAGCCUGAUCUUGUGCAGUAGACACCUUUAAAAAUGCUUUAACCUCCCUUUUUUCUUUGAAAUGUCCUUUGUCUUCUCAAAAAGUCUUAAUAUAUAACUAUAUAUGAACUACAUCUGAAUUAUACAAGGAGGUGUCUCUUUUCUCCUUUUAUAAAACAGGUCUAUAAAACACUAGCUUAAAACAAAAAAGUGGUGUACAACUUGAAGUGGAUUGAUCACUUUGGCUAUUAUUAUUGGGAAGGUAGAAGGAAAUAUUCUCCCACUUCAGCUGAUCUUUAUGUUGUGCUAUGACCCAGGGAAAUGACAUUUAUCACAACAGAGAAAAUUGGAAGUAGGCAGAGUUCUCAGUGUAUUGUUUAGCUAUGGGAUGCUAAGACAUUCAGAACAUAAUCUCUGCCACUGGGAUACCUUAUGGGUUGUUUGUUUGUUUGUUUUGAACUAAUUAAAGUUUUAAUAUUAUGUUGACAACAUAAUCAAUGACUAGUAAAACUGUAACAAUAUUGUAUGAGAAAGAUGGUCAAAGAGUUGUAAGUUUGGAAAAUACACAAGGGUUGAUUUCUUUUUAAAAAGGGGGCUAUUGUGCCAAUAAAAAUAUUUAUUUUGCCUACAAGUCUA